UUGGUAUUACAGGUUUACUCGUUAUUUCUGUUGAAAGUCAGCAUAGGAGGGAGAAAAGCAGAAAUAGCCAAAAUGAAAGGACAAGUAGUUUUCAAUGCUCAGAACAUGUUCAACCAUGUUGUGAAACUUCUCAAUUACAUUCCACCUGCUUAUACAUAUAUGCAUGUGCUGUAAGAGAAAUUGGCACAAUUCAAUCCCAAACGUGUCUUCAAUCAUAUACUAUUACUGGUUAAGGCCUUCAUAAACAAAAAGUACUGAAUAUUGAUAAAGUGGUGGUAAUAGCACAUGGGAACCAAUAUGCUUUCAAGCAAAUGUUCUUCUUUCUCAUAUUUCAGUCCAAGAAGGAUAGCUGUAUCAAUCGAUGUUCCGAAGAUCAAGGUAAAAAACAUCUCCACUGCAAGGCUUCCUAACAGAAGUCUGGUGGCAGAAUUGGAUUAUCUACAUAAAUACAUUCCAACCACCACCACAACUCAUACAAAAGAAGAUCCUUACUACUCCAAAAUCAACACUAACGAUUCUACAACAUCUGGAACAAGCACACCAAAUUCCAUGGAGGAGGUCAAGCUUCAUUUGAUUAUGGACGUAGUAGCAGAUAGAAUAGAGAUGCACAAGAAUAUUGGAGCACAGCGUGACAACUGGAACCGCCUUCUAGUGACAUCUGUUAAUAUGAUCACUCUUUCUGCUUCGGCUAUGGUUGGGCUUGCAGCUGCUAGUCCAAGUGGAGCACAUAUUGUGGCCUUGAAGGUGUCCUCCACAAUUCUUUAUAUGGCAGCCACAGGGUUGAUUUUGGUGAUGAACAAAAUUCAGCCAUCACAGCUUGCAGAGGAGCAGAGAAAUGCUGCUAGGUUGUUCAAGCAGCUUCAUGGAGAACUCAGAACAAGGCUUUCUCUAGGGAAUCCUAGUGAGAAUGAUGUUGAAGAAGCAAUGGAGAAAGUGCUUGCAUUGGACGGGGCCUACCCUCUUCCUCUAUUGGGCUCAAUGCUCGAAAAACUCCCUCGAACUGUGGAGCCAGCAGUGUGGUGGCCUAGACAGAAGCAAAGGAGUCGAAGAAAAGAAGAGUUGGGAGGGAAACUGAAAGGGAAAAAUGGAUGGGAUGCAAGGUCAGAGGCUGAAAUGAGAAAGAUUGGGAUGAUUUUGAGAAAGAAGGACAUGGCAGAGUACUUGAGGUUGGGUAAACAAGUUUUGAACUUCAACAAGGUAUUAGCAGUUUCUGGUCCUCUACUAUCUGGCCUUGCAGCAUUGGGUUCGUGCUUUUUGGGUUCUGUGAGUUCAUCUUGGCCAGUGAUGGUUGGGGUUAUUGGAGGAGCUUUGGCAAGUGUUGUCAACACAUUAGAGCAUGGGGGGCAAGUGGGGAUGGUGUUUGAGAUGUAUAGGGCAAAUUCUGGUUUUUUUAAGCUCAUGGAAGAGAGCAUUGAACUGAAUAUUGCUGAAGAAGAUCCUCAUAAAAGGGAAAAUGGGGAAUUGUUUGAAAUCAAAGUAGCUUUACAGCUAGGUAGGAGUCUCUCAGAACUCAGGCAAUUUGCUGCUGCAGUUUCAUCAUCUCAUGAGGAGAGGGAUUUUGAAGAGUUUGCAAGCAAGCUUUUCUAGUAUUAUUACCAAUUUUCUUGUUAGUUGUAAUUGUCAAGCUUUCUUUUGUAAAUAUUCUCGUAGCUAGAGAAUGCUUGUGAACAGUUUGUAGCAAGAACUAUUUUAUUACUAUGUUCGCUAAC